AGCCACUUGUUUCCCCGUGUUCGAUGCCGAGGUGUGCGGCGGUCACGUACACACAAAUUUCCGAGCAGUGGUGGAAUUACUGGAACCAGUGCGGUUACGUCGUUUUUGCACGAGUGCAACGCACCGAACGGGACGCCGAAUCGAUGUAAAGUGUUGUCACAUGGUUAUUCCGUCUCCUCAACUUUUACCGAGACGCGACUCCCUCCGAGAAGAUUCCUGUUAGCGAUUCAACGUUUCCUCGUUCGAAAACGGUUCCCCAGACUGCAGACGCGUCACAGCCUAAAGCGAUAAGGAUGGCAGGUUCUCCAGUUCUGGAGGACAAUGUCAGGACAGACGUACCCGAGGAGCCGCUCUUCAGCUCCCUUGAUAUCGUUCUCCUGGUCGCUCUCUUGGUAACCGCGCUAUGGUGGCUGCUGAGACGAAACAAACAAGAGGAAUACACGCCUGUUACAAAAUCCUAUUCCAUUCAGCCAACGCUGUUCCCCACGGUACAGCCGUCGGAGAAUUCGUUUAUAAAGAAGUUGAAAACCUCGGGUAGAAGUUUGGUAGUAUUUUAUGGGAGUCAAACGGGAACCGGAGAGGAGUUCGCCGGUAGACUGGCGAAAGAGGGUAUCCGAUAUAAAAUGAAAGGCAUGGUGGCUGACCCGGAAGAAUGCGACAUGGAAGAAUUAAUUCAUCUAAAAACAAUUCCAAACAGUAUGGCAGUGUUCUGUUUAGCCACGUACGGAGAGGGUGAUCCGACGGACAAUGCUAUGGAAUUUGUUGAUUGGCUCAAAAAUGGGGAUGCCGAUUUGAAUGGACUCAAUUAUGCCGUAUUCGGCCUCGGGAAUAAAACAUACGAACAUUAUAAUGAAGUAGCGAUAUAUGUUGAUCAUAGAUUAGAACAACUCGGCGCUACACGCGUGUUCGAGCUGGGCUUGGGAGACGACGAUGCCAAUAUAGAAGAUGAUUUCAUCACGUGGAAGGAUAGAUUCUGGCCGACGGUAUGCGAGUAUUUCGGUAUCGAGGGCGCGACGGAAGACGUUAGCAUAAGACAAUACAAACUCACCGAGCACAACGAUUUACCAGCUGACCGUGUUUACACCGGUGAAAUCGCACGCCUCCAUUCCUUUGCCAAUCAAAGAGCACCGUUCGACGCGAAGAAUCCAUUCCUGGCUCCGGUGAAAGUGAACCGCGAACUUCACGGGCCCACAUCGGAGAGAUCGUGUAUGCACAUAGAAUUCGAUGUGGACGGAUCGAAAAUACGUUACGAAGCCGGUGACCAUUUAGCGGUGUACCCGGUUAAUAACGCGGAACUAGUGAACAAAAUUGGAGAGAAAUGCGGCGUCGAUUUAGAUACAGUCAUCACUCUUACGAAUACGGAUGAGGAAUCUACGAAGAAGCACCCGUUCCCUUGUCCGUGUUCUUACAGAACUGCCUUGACUCAUUACUUAGACAUAACUAGCAAUCCGCGCACUCACGUUCUUAAAGAACUGGCUGAGUACUGUAGCGAUCCGAAGGACAAAGAAAAGUUGAAGCUGAUGGCUUCGACCACUGCGGAAGGCAAAGCUGCGUAUCAACAAUGGAUAGUUCAAGAUAAUAGAAAUAUCGUACACAUCUUAGAAGAUAUUCCCAGCGUGAAGCCAGCUCUGGAUCAUCUCUGUGAACUCUUGCCCAGAUUACAGUGCCGCUAUUAUUCGAUCUCCUCGUCUCCUAAGCUACACCCGACUUCGAUCCAUAUUACUGCCGUCGUGGUGGAAUACAAAACGCCCACGGGCCGAGUCAACAAAGGUGUGACCACGUGUUGGCUCAGAGAGAAACAUCCUUCGGACCCACCGUGUUACAUUCCUAUCUUCGUGCGGAAGUCGCAGUUCCGUUUACCACCCAGGACGUCGACUCCUAUAAUCAUGGUCGGCCCUGGUACCGGCAUAGCACCGUUCAGAGCGUUCAUCAUGGAGCGUGACCUCGCGCGAAAGGAAGGAAAAGAUGUAGGAGACACAAUUUUGUAUUUCGGAUGCCGAAAGAGAGACGAAGACUUCCUUUAUAAGAACGAACUCAAUGAGUACGUGAAGCACGGCUCUUUGAUAUUGCACACUGCGUUCAGUAGGGAACAGUCUCAAAAGGUGUACGUUACGCAUUUACUGGAGCAGAACAAAGACGAAUUAUGGAGAGUCAUCGGCGAACAGAACGGACACAUCUACGUCUGCGGUGAUGCGAAAAAUAUGGCACGUGACGUGCACAAUAUUUUAUUGAAAGUAGUAAUGGAGAAGGGAAAGAUGUCAGAGAUGGAUGCCGCAGAUUAUAUAAAGAAAAUGGACGCACAGAAACGUUACUCGAGCGACGUAUGGAGUUGA